AUGAACGACAAGGUGGAAGCGUUCCUGAAUCAGUUGCACACAGGUGAUGACACAACGGUCGCGGAAACCCUCACCGCUGCCACUGAAGCCCCAGGUAUCUUUGUUUUUGGCGAAUUUCUUGAUCACCCUGCUGUACAACAGCUUAAAAAUGGACCGAAAGCCAACAUGUUUGAUCUGUUAAAUUUGUUUUGUUACGGUUCUUAUGAAGAGUAUGCGGCCAAACCAGACAAAUAUCCUCAACUUAGCCAGGCUCAGAUUCGAAAAUUGAAGCAGCUAUCAAUCAUCGACGCUGCACAUCACCAAAGACACAUUUCAUAUAAAUCAUUGUUCGACAAACUGGGGAUCUCAUCUUCACGAGAUCUAGAGGAUCUGAUCAUUGAGUUGUUCUACUUAGAAGCAAUAACUGGUAAAUUGGAUCAGCAGCGUGCUUUGCUAGAAGUUGAGUCAGCGAUUGGACGGGAUAUACACGAGGAACAGAUACCUGAACUACAAAAAGCGCUGGAUGUUUGGUUGAACCGAGUGGAAUCGGUCUUGGUGCACAUGGGCAAGGAGAUAAAAUUGGCCAAUGAACGUCGAUUCGAAUCCGAGGUACAUCAACGAAGUGUACUCGAGGCGGCUUCUUCCCUCAAAGAAGCUUUACGUGGUCAACUGACCAAGAGCGAGGUGGAUACUGCUCGAAUGGAUGUUGACGAUCCUUUUGUACAUCCGGACUUGUUGCCUGACGGUCGAUCCGGCGGACAUUUCCGUUCAACCGGUACCGCUGUGGACAGUCCCGGUGGUGACAAGGACGGACGAAGCCGAAUGACUGUGUUCAAAGGACUAAGGAAGUUUAACAAAUAA